AUGCCACCUCUCUGCACCGAUCCCGCCCUCUGGAAUACCGUUCUGGACGACCGUUCCCGUUUCAAUAUCUUCUUCCUGUCGCCCGCCGUCUCUCCUGCUGCGAUCAAGCUCCUCAUCGCCCUCAGCGUUUUUGCCGCCGUCUGUUUGGGUACCAUCGUUGGUAUGAGCUGGAAGAUAUUUCAUCAGAUACUCGCCCCAGAGGCCAGAUCGCCAUUGCUCAAAUCCGCGCCUCGAGCCGACGCGCCCUGGUCCCACCACACGAUACGACCUGUGCAUAAAGCGGAAGGUGCCAAUAGACACCCCGUGGUGCCAACCGAGCCUGGGGGAUACACGAAGGAGGCAAAUAAAUCUGCCAAGCGCAGAGAGACGGAGCCGCUCCUGGAGUGCAGGUCGCCGCCCGGGGUUCAGUUGGAGCGCACGGCGAAGUACGGCACAAUGGUUCGCCGCUCUGGCCAGCGAGGUUCUGGCGCGCUCGAUCGGCCACCCCUGGUAGCGUACAUCCUGGCUGCGACGUUCGUGCCACCCGUGCUCGCGGGCGUGGGCGACCAGACGAGCGCCGCGCAGCCCUCCGCGCACAUCUCCGCCGUCGGCUGCGCGGCGGCGCCCCGCGUCCUGCGAGAGGACGGUCCAAUUGGGGGGCUGGGCCUUCGCCUGCCACUUCCUGCUGCUUCUCCCGGCGAACCAAACGGAAGCGGGGAGAGCAGCAGCGUACGGCCCACAAACAUGUUCAGCGCGGCCCUGGGGAUGCUGUGCGACGCGGAUGCGAUGCGGUGGUCGACCCCGAUGCGCCGGGGGUGCCCCGACGCGCUCACGACUCCGCUGUCCCGCCUUCCUCGUGCGCCCGGGGCCCGGGGACCAGGCCUGCAGACGCGGGGGGAUGCGGGGCCAGAGAGGAGGGCAAAGGAGGAGGACAGGGCCGGACUGGGAGAGCGGCGACGAGCGCACGGGCGCGGAACCAUACAGGUUCGUGCGCACCGUGGCGUCGAGCGCGGCGAGUUCUAUCGACGGCAGGGCUGGAGCGGAGAAGGUCCGACCACCACGUGGAGUGUCCGCCGACGGCCAGCUCUCGCGCCGCUCGAAGGGCUCUCUUCGGGAGUACGGCUGGGCCAGUGA